AUGGCACAGAUAUAUGGCAAUGUUACAACAAUCUACUCAACAACAACUCAGUGGCCGGUCUCUGAGAAAACACAGCUACUGCAGCAGUAUGAUGCUUCAAUGGCUGGCUGUAACCACACGUCAUCAAAUAUCACAUGUCACCAUCUGAUAGAGAAGGAGAUGACACCACACAAUACCACAUUACACCUUGCAACACCACACAAUACCACAUUACACUUUGCAACACCACACGACAUCACAUUACACCUUGCAACACCACACAUCACAUUACACAAUAAAACACCAUACUACAACACACUACAUAAUACAACACCACCACACUACACCAUCCAACAUCACACUACAUCACAUUACAUAACAGCACAUCACACUACACCACAAUACCACAUUACAUAA